CCGUCUAUGUAACACUUGAAGGUGAGGCGCGCGUACAGUGGUCACUCAGUGGAAAAAGCGAUUCGGCCAACUAUUGUGGCCAUCAGCAAUAUUUGUAUACACGCACAAAUGUCUACGACAGUCCCGAAUUUCGUGCUGGUACACACGUUUAUGUACUCCGAUUACGUAUACCGUCCGGUUGUCCGUCCUCAUGCAAGGGUCCAUAUGGUUUCAUUGCCUACAAUAUCUCGUUGACCAUCGCCAAACCAUGGACAUUCGAUGAGAUCUUUCGCAAACCUGUAACAGUGGUGCAGGCAUUGAACUUGAAUCAUAAUCCAGAAUAUGGACUCCCUAUACGCGAUGAAAAUGUGAAAUACCUUUGCAAUUGGCCUUGCACUUCGGGACCCAUUUUAUACACCCUCCUACUGCCUUAUAACGGUUUCGUGGCACGCCAACAGAUACCCUUCUUCCUCGAAGUGGAUAAUCAGUCACCACACUAUGACAUCGCCAGCGUUGAGGCUUCACUCAAACAGCAUUUCAUUUUUCUCGCACGACAACCUUAUAAACGAAAUUUCUAUACAAAAACAUUAGCGAAGAGUAUAAUAACCGAACGCACACUUCGGCUAACCAAGCGCAUGUACCAAGGCACGGUUUGUGUGCCUUCCGAUACGCCACGAUCCACACUGAAUCCCAAUUAUAUUGUGUUCGUCCACUAUACGCUACAAAUAAAAUUAAAAACCGGUUACUUUCACUAUGACACAGAUCUAUCGGUGCCGAUAGUUAUUGGCACGGUGCCGCUGCAACAGCGUGGUGUACAGUUGGUAACCACAACACAACCGCGUAGGAUCAGCACUCGUGAAAUGUCAACGCUAGAGGAGGAGGACGGCGAUAUAGCCGGCGAACAGUGGAGUGUACAGGUGGAAAUCAAUCAGACCGAAGAUGAUGACGAUGAUGAGGAUGGCGCUGAUGAUGUGAACCAACCGGCGGCCAGCAGGACUGUUGCGGCACGUGGAGCGCGAGCACAGGAUAUAUCAAAUAACAAUGACGACGAUGAGCCGCCUUCAUACGAUAGUUGUUUACCACCCUCCUUCAGUUUUGCCACACUCAGCAGCCAGCAGACUCUGGACAGUGUGGGUCAGUCAUCGGACACCAAAAUGCGCACCCAACGAGCCAUUAAGCUGCCCAAGUUCCCUGGAUAUGACAUUAUAGCUUCCUCCACACAAGCCAUCAAUUUGUCUGCCGACUCGGCUUUGAGUUUGAAUUAUUACCAUUCUUAUGGUUCGCUGGGCACUGGACACACCGGUCGCAGUUUAGACACUUUCGCUUCGAGUUGUGGUGUGCUCAGCGAAACCGACGAACAUGUGCAUGAAGCCAAUGAAGAUGAUGACGACGAUGAUGAGGAUAUUUUCUAAAGAAAUCACAUUACACAUUUAAUUAUACAUUCAAUAUGUAAAACCGUGCGACAGUAAAUUUUACACACAAAAAAUCAAUUUACUCGCAAAACUAGGGGUUAGAUGUAGGAAAACUGCGUUUUUGGUUUUUCUCCUGGUGUGUGGUUUUUUGCUGAAAGGACUUUAAGAUUUCAGAGAUAUUCAAUAAAUAACGAAUAAUAAUUUGGGCAUCAAAUAAAAAAAAAAUUGUUCUGAGGAAUUGAAAGAUAUUUAUUUU